AUGGAGCACGACUUGUACUCACGCCCAUACCCCGCUCCGUUGCAGACGUGCAACGUACUGAACCACAGGGAGCGCAGUCGUCUCGUCCGCAGCACGCGCAAGCUGGGGGCCGUGCUCGGGGCAACGCCCCAGCUUGCUGAAAAUGUCGACUCGUCCUGGAACGCCUACCACGCAACCCACGUCGCCCUUCCCCUGUGCGAACCAUCCAGCACACGUUCAUCGACCUCCUCUGCACGCCCGCUCGUCAAGCCGCCCACGCGCCGGCACGCCUCCGUCUCCGAGCACCCCACCCGCGCGGAUAUCUACGCCUGCGCGUCCUCCGCGAGCUCGUCUGCUUCCCUCGCUGCACCCCCGCUCCCGCUCCCGCCCGCCCGCACGACCUCGCUCAGCGCGCGCUCGCGCAAGCCCAGCAUGAAGUUCGGCAUGUCCAAGUCGAAAGCGAAGCAGCAGCAGGCGCAGCCGCCGGCAGCGGACGCACCGCGCCCGCUCGCCCUACGGCUCGCCACCGGACCACCGCGCGCCCUCACCCUGCUGCCAUCGACCCCAUCACGGACGCCAAAAUCGCCCGCGACGCCGCUCUUCGCGCCGCCGGGCACGCCGUCCUCGUUCGGGAGCGCCGCGACGACGCCGACGACGCCG